AUGGCGCUUAACUUCGAUGAACCAGUUAAUACAACAAAUGCCACAACUUCUUCGCAGGAUGAAAUGAUUCUGGGAACAAUGGGGACAAUAGAAGUUGCGAUUCUCAUUUGUAUUCUUUGUGUAGGAGGCCCUCUAAACGUUUUAUCAUUCCAGAAAUCUCUUUUAGCCUUUCGGAAUCACAAAGCUAAAAGUCCAAUUCUACUUUUACGAAUAAACUUGAAUAUUGCUGACUUAAUAACCAUAUUAGUAUAUGUUCCACGUCAGAUCAUCUGGAUGUUAACGUAUCAGUGGCUAGGAGGGGAGUUGUUGUGUCGAUUGAACUCAUUCUUCUCAACAUUCUCUUUUUACUUAAUUUCUUUCAUUAUUUCAUGCAUAUCCAUAGACAGAGUAUAUGGAGCCUACAACAUAAGCUCCCUCACAGCUCACAGGCAGUCCUAUAGAAGAUGUCGGAGUCUUUUAACAGUAGCUUGGGUAUUAGCAUUUUUUCUCAGUAUUCCUCAAGUCAUCAUAUUUCGCACUAUAAAUCCAAUAGAAAGUUUUAGUCAAUGUGUGCCUCUGUGGACUGUCAUCAACUUUCACGCGCAUCCUGUUAUCCUAAACAAAAGUCUUCCUGAGCACGUACGUGAGGCAGCGAGCAGGGAAUUAAAACUAAUUCAACAAAUUGAACAUUUGUAUAAUGUGGCUCAUUUGUUUUUUGUCUUCUGGAUACCAUGUACCAUAAUCGUUGUUUGCUACUUGACUGUGCUAUUCAUCCUGCAGGGACAUAUCAGUGAAAAUAACUCCUGUACAUCUUGGAUUAAGAGCGGAAAAAUGCAUUCGAACAUAGAUUAUCCUGUGUCGGCCAGCUCAACAAUGCUUCCAGUUGAAGAAUCAUCAUGUGUUGUUAAGAUAAAAGAGGAAUGUUCAAUGGAUUCACGUUGUGGGAACAACAGUCACCAAUCGAGAUGCUCAAAUCGAUUAGGAGCUGUAGCUGUAACAACUAUCCACAAAGCCAAACAGCACGCCAAGAGACAAGCUGCGUGGAUAAUAUUGGCCUACUUGACAUUCUGGACUCCUUAUAACGUCUUAGCAGUUCUUUCUUUGCUCGACUUAGGUCAAAUACCAUUUCUGCUCAGUUUUUUGAAUUCUUUAAUAUGUGCAAACUCUAUCGUAAAUCCGAUAAUAUAUGACAAAACAAUUCUAGAGUUGAACACGAUGUGCAAAUAUACUUCUGGAGGUUGUCCCGUUACAAUCUCCGAAAUGAUGAUGGCUUACCGUUUGAUUAUAUUACUUGCUUUUAUCUCAACCACACUAGCUUUUCCACCUGGAAUAGAAAACAUUCCACCUCCACCAAGGGAGCUUCCACCAGGCUUUGCUGAAAUUCUUCCUUCCGAUGUUGUACAACAGCUUCAGCAAGUACAUGAAAGUGAUACGAUGAGUCCAUUGGAAAAACACGAGAAAAUUGAUCAAAUUCUUGUCAAUUUGCCAGAGGAUAUCGCUGAUCGUUUGCCAAAGCCCCCAGGCUUCGAAAGCCUACCUCAGAAUGUAAAAGAUCACUUGAAAGAUUUGCAUAGAGAUAAAAGUUUAACUUGGCGUAGUAGAAUGGAUAAAGUUCGUGAAUACUUGUCUAGCCAGCCAGAAGAAAUUCGAAGACUUCUUCCACCAAUGGGACCUCCUCCACCACCAGGCUUCGGACCAGCUCGUAUGCCAUCAUUUGAACGUCGUCAAUAA